AUGAUAAUAGGAGAUGCGAGUGGGCCCAUGGCAAGUGGGGCGGGUACAAAUGUAAGCAACAGAGAGAGCAAGUCGGAGUGGCUUCUGUACCCACAGUCGAAUUAUGAAUUCAAUAUUGAUGAAAAGCUAAAGAACAAAUUUAUUAUUGAUAUAGAAAAAUGUAAAAAGCGUAUAAAUUCAUACAAUAAAAAUGGAAUAAGAAAUUCUGUACUGGCAAUAAUUUUAUGUCAUCGAUAUGAAUAUCCCCAUGUUUUACUAUUACAACAUGUACAAAGUCAGAAAUAUUAUUUAUUAAGUGGAAAAUUUAAAUCAUGGGAAAAACCAAAGGAGGUAUUAAAAGAAAAACUACAAAAGUAUAUUAACAAAAUUAAAGAUAUUAAUUUUUCAACAACUCAAUUCAAUUCACAUAUACAACAACAACAACAAGAAGAUAUAGUUGACAUAGGUGAAUUCUUAGGAGAGUGGUGGAGGACUCAGUAUAAUUCAGUUUAUUUGCCAUACUUACCUGCACAUAUAACAAGACCAAAGGAAUAUGUUCGUUUAUAUCAAGUUUCUAUAUCGUCCAAAUGUAUUUUUCAUUUACCGCCAGGAUUUACUUUAAAAGCUUUACCAUUGUUUGACCUUACAAGUUGUGGGGUUGCUAUCAGUGGACUCUCUAGUAUACUGUCAAGGUUCAAGUUGCACUGCAUGGUGCAGGAUGAAGAUGAGGGGGAGGAGCUGCUGGCACCAGAUAAAUAG